AUGGCGGCGGUAGAUGCAGCAGGUGCAGCAACAAGGAAAGCAGGAGAAGCAGCAACAGAAGCAGCAGCAGCAGCAGCAAGAGCACAAGCAGCAGCAGCAGCAGCAGUAGCAGCAGCAAUAGCAAUAGCAACAGAAGCAGCAGCAGGAGAGACAGCUGCAGCAGCAGCAAAGCUGCAGCAGCAGCAAAAGAGCAGCAGAUUGCUUAUACUGCUCCUCAACUCAACACUCUCUCCGUCGCAGAGGGGUUUAGGGGACCUAUCAUCUCUGUUUCACGUGCUGCAGCGCAGCGGUGCAGCAGCAGACAGCGCGGAGGCUGUGUCUUUGUUGGAUAUAUUUUUGUUGUCUUUGGACUUGCUGCCGCCGGACCUGCAGCAGCUAGAGGAGGAGCUGCAGCAGCAGCAGCAGCAGCAGCAGGGUUGGGGGGCCCCCCCUCACCCCUUUAACAGGACGGCACCAACAGGAGAAAGCAUCGGCAACCAAAUCUGCCUUCGACUCAUCCUUGCUGUACACCCUGCAGCAGCAGCAGCAGCAGCAGCAGCAGCAGCAGCAGCAGCAGCAACAGCAGCAGCAGUAGCAGCAGCAGGAGAAGGAGCAGCAGCAGCAGCAGCAGCAGCAGCAGCAGCAGCAGCAGCAGCAGCAGCAGCAGCAGUAGUGGUAGCAGGAGCAACGGCAGCAGCAGUAGCAGCAGCAGCAGAAGCAGAGGCAGCAGGAGCAACAGCAGCAGCAGCAACAGCAGCAGCAGCAGUAGCGGUAGCAGGAGCAGCAGGAGCAGCAGCAGCAGCAGCAGAAGCAGCAGCAGCAGUAUCAACAGCAGCAGCAGCAGCAGCAACAGCAACAGCAGCACAACAGCAACAGAAUUAG